AUGGCUCAACAUCCUCUCCAGAAAGCAGAGUCGCCAGGCCCUGGCUUCUCUCUGCUGUGGCACCUUGUCGGCCUGGCCUCGUUCGCGUCCAGCUACCGGUUCUUGCUAGGAUGGAAGACGCCCAUGAGCGAAGCGUACGGCUGGCACCUGCAGUUCCUGACCAUCAUCGCACUGACGCUCUCGUUUGUCACUUUUGGGGUCGCCGCGGCAGCCGACGUGACGCGCAGCGCAACCCUCUUCGGUGUCAAGAACUCGCUUUCCAUCGUGGCCACCCCGCUUAACAUCGUCGUCACCACCCUCUACUUUGGCAUCUCCGCUAUUGACCCGGAGCUCGUAGUCCCUCCCGAGUUCAGGCUCCCGCUGGCCGUCGACCUUGGAUUCCACUUUGCGCCGAGCCUCCUUCUGGGCUUUGACUACCUCGUGCUCAGCCCUCCGUGGACGGUCGGAGCACCCACGGUCAUGGGCCUCAGCACCGGCAUUGCCUUUGCCUACUGGUACUGGAUUGAACUUUGCUACAGCAAGAACGGCUGGUACACCUAUCCCAUCUUUGCCCUGCUCAACACUCCACAGCGUGUUCUGCUCUUUACCUUCUCCGCCGUUCUGGUCACAGUCGCGUCAUCAUCUCUCAAGGUUGUGUAUGCCAAACUAAAUGGGCCGGCUGUCACCACUGCAAAGAAGACCAAUUAG